AUGACAUUACUCACAAAGCUGGCUGCUCAGACCGAAAAACACCCAGCGGGUACUAUUCACGCAACGGGUACUGUUCACGCGACCGCAGGUACUGUUCACAGCCCAAACGGACAGAGCGUUUCAACUGUUCACAACGCAUCCACUGUUCAUGGCGCGACUACUGUUCCCGGCGGAGUUACUAUUCCGGGAGGAGUUACUGUUCAUAGCAACAGCUCAGCAGCUAUGAUGUCAUUUUAUAUGAAGGGAGAAGCUUUGGGUUGGUUUAAGUGGAUGCACCAAAAUCAUGAGUUGGUUGAUUGGCAAUCUUUCACCAAGGCCUUGGAAUUAUGUUUUGGUCCUUCAACCUAUGCUAAUCAUCAAGCUGAAUUGUUCAAAUUGAAACAAACUCAUUCGGUUGUGGAAUAUCAGGCUCAGUUUGAGAAAUUGGGUAAUCAAGUUGUGGGCCUCUCACGUGAUGCACUAUUAAAUUGCUUUAUUUCUGGCCUACUACCAGAAAUCCAGAAUGAAUUGGCAAUUCAUAAACCUGACUCUAUUUCUAAAGCUAUUGGACUUGCAAAAUUGAUUGAAUCAAAAUUGCGGGAUGCUAAGCCAAAAUUCCAUAAACCUUUUACCAGCCCAUCAACCCGCCCAAACCCCCCAAUUCAAACUACACCCACCGCUGUUUCAACCCCAAAGCCACCAACCACACCCCAAAUUGCCAAAUUACCAAUUAGGCGCCUCUCUAAUGCUCAAUUGCAAGAACGUCGUGCCCAAGACUUAUGUUUUAAUUGUGACGAAAAAUUCAUACCGGGUCACAAAUGUGCUACAGCUGGGAAAUUCCUCCUAUUGAUUGAAGAUGAUGAUGUUGUUAAUUCUGAAUUGGCUGAAAUUCAUGAGGAACCUGUCAUUUCACUUGAACAAGAGGACACAUAUUUUCAACUAUCUCCUCAAGCAGCAAAUGGACAAUUCUGUCCAAAGACUCUAAAAUUUAAAGGUUCUAUCAUGGGCCUUUCCGUCACCGUCUUAAUUGAUACGGGCAGUACACACAAUAUUUUACAACCACGUAUUGCUCAACACCUCAAGCUUCUUACUCAGCCUAUUCCUAAUUUUUCUGUCAUGGUAGGAAAUGGUUCUAAACUCUCUUGCUCAGGAAUUUGUCAACAUGUGCCUAUUAAACUACAAAACAAUUCCUUUUCAAUUCCUUUCCACCUAUUUCCUAUUGAAGGAGCCGACGUUGUUCUUGGCAUGGAAUGGUUACGCACUCUAGGACCACUUAUGGCCGAUUUCUCAAUCCCUAAGAUUUCUUUCACCCACAACAACACUACCACCACUAUUACCGGCGACCCCAAAACCCAUAUUUCCCCAUCUUCUUAUAACCAAUUCUGCCACCUCUUACACACAGAUUCCAUUGCCUCUCUCCACCUUCUUUUGUAUCAGCCAACCACUAUUCCACAAGAGAACUCUCAAACCCUACCUUCAGACCCACUUCACUCGUUACCACCAAUAGUACCUAAUGAAAUUUCCACCAUUCUUCAAUCUUACGCCAAAGUUUUUGAACAACCACAUGGCCUCCCACCCACCAGACCUCAUGAUCACAAAAUCCCCAUUGCCCCAAACACCCCACCCAUCAAUCCCUUAUUCCUCUCCGGUCCUAUUAGUGAGAAAAAAGAUGGGACUUGGCGUUUCUGUGUCGACUAUAGGGCACUAAAUGCUGUAACAAUUUGUGAUCGCUUCCCAAUCCCCACAAUUGAUGAACUUUUUGAUGAAUUGGGUUCUGCAACUAUCUUUUCUAAGAUUGACCUACGAUGUGGUUAUCACCAAAUCCGGGUUUCACCAGAGGACACUCACAAAACUGCUUUUAGAACAUUUGACGGACACUAUGAAUUCUUAGUGAUGCCUUUCGGCCUAACUAACGCUCCUAAUCAUUCCAAGCAUUUAAAAUUGAUUUUAGAUUUACUUGUUGCUAAUCAGUUUUAUGCCAAAUUGUCAAAAUGUGUUUUUGCUACUCCUAGUGUUGCUUAUUUAGGUCAUAUUAUCUCUAAUGAUGGUGUAACCCCAGAUCCAGAAAAGAUUAAAGCUAUACUAGAGUGGCCAAGGCCUCGUUCACUCUCGACACUCAGGGGUUUUUUAGGACUCACCGGCUUUUAUUGA